AUGAAAUCAAAUUCGGAUACAACUAGCAGGUCAUCAGGUAUUAAUGGUGGAAGCAGUAGUAGAAUAAACCCACAUAAUGGUAAUAGUGGAUUUAAUGGGACAUUUAACAAUGAUCGAUUAAAAAUUAAAAGCUUUGAUGAUUAUGUAAAGUUAUUAAAUGAAUAUAAAGAAUUAUAUACAGAGUAUGAUAUGUUAGACCAAUUUCUUCAAAAGAAGGAAGAACUUCAUAGAAAAUUGUCAGAAGACCUUGAAAAAUCUGCUGGCACUAAAGAAGAAGAAAAGAUUGCCAUGAAAGUAAUUGAAGAGUUUGGUUCAGAAACUGAUACUGGGACCAAGCUUAAAAGUUAUUCACAACUACAUUCAAAGUUGAAAAUUAUAAAAAAAGAAUUACAAAGAGCUCGUUCUGAAG